AACAUUAUUAUUAUUUCAGAUUUUAUAAUGUGAUGAUGUCGUACUUCCAGGUGGGGGGCAAGAGACAUUUUUCCUGCUGGGUUUUAGAUGAUGUCAACAACAUUCUAUAGACCACUAAUAUUUAAUAUAGAUGGGGGCAGCCAAAUUAAUAUUGUUAAAAUGCUGAUUUUCCUGCUCCUACAGUGAGUUCUUGGGUCUCAUGAUAGGUCAGUAAUCGAAAUGACCAGGUUCAACAUUUGUUAAUUCACCUUUUUAGAUAUUUUAUUUCAAAGUACAAUGUAAUCAAUAGGGAAAACAGGCUCUUGCCCCUCAUCUGGGAGUAUGAAAUCAUCUCAUUUUAGAAUCUGAAAAACACAAUUUGAUAACACUGUCUUUUGCAAUUAAAUAUCCAAAAAGUAAAAUCACAAAUGUUGAAUCUGAUUAUUUCUGUAAGUGACUAAACACAUUAACUUCCUGUAUUACUACAAAAAAACGUUGUAUUAAUAUUCCUUUUAUCUGCCUCCCAUGUGUAUUAAUUAUUAUUCUAUCUAUCUGAAAUCUGAAAUCCAGCAAUGGACACAAGUUAUACUUUUGACUUUGAACUAAGUACUGCUAGAUGUUAUAGUAUUGAUAUUAUUGUACAAGUGAAUUAUCGUAAUUGGCAAAAGUUAUAAUAAACUAGAUCUAACCUAGGGCUAGAAGAAACCUACACCAGGUCUGAACCAUCACAACUAAACCUGGGGCGACAAGUGUGAAAGCAGCCAUACACAAUAUUCAAAUUUAGCUUCAUUCAAAACGGCUAUUUCAAUUAAUAUUACAUUUUCAAUUUAAUAUUACAUUUUCAAGAUAGUUUUACAAAACUCCUCAGCUAGCCCUCCUGAGAGAUUUUGCAUGGUGCAUAGAAAACCGGUCCAGAGGUGAUUUGCAUAGUUUGCAGCUUUAGGAUGAGUGUGGCAUUGACUGGGAUGACCUUGAGGUGAAGAAUUGCAGUAGUCUGUGAAUUCUUAAAAUGGGGCAGUGUCUUUGAUCCAAUGGUGCACUGCGUCUAUUCGCCUGCUGUUUAAAAAGACUUGAGUUCCUUCGAUUGCACAGCAGGAAAAGGGAGCCUGUGGUGAUGUGAGGUGUUUAAUAUUAACUUUGUUUUAUAUAUUUUGUAUCCAUCUUUCUUUCUGUGGCAUACACUUUUCAAAAUAUUAUUUGUUAUAAUUAUAAUGAUGUUUAAACAGUGGCAUGGCACUUUAACUGUCAAAUGGAAUUGAAAACUCCAUCAAAAAUAUCAGUGUUAUGGUUUUAAUAUCAUGCAGCUUCACUCUUUACUUUUAGUUGCCUACAGGAGCUAUGUCCCCGUUCUCCAAGCAUCUCUCUGGUAUUUUAAUGAAUAAUUAUCUGUAGAGCUGUCGUGGUGUGUCAGCUCUGAGUGAUGGUGGACUGAAGCCAGUGAGGACAGAUCAAUAUUUCAUCACUAACAUAGUACUCUGGUGAUAUUAACACCAAGGACAAGAUUGUGGCUGGUGAAUAAUGGCCCUUUGCUCCUCUCCCAUCAAGACUCAGCUCUGAAUAAUCCUUCAGUUGUAUUUGAAUAAAACCACUUUGUUUAUUGGCCGUGUUGGUGUGAGUUUGCAGAGCUAUGGUCCCACUGUGAUGCAGCAGAACAGAUUUAUGAGCGCGCUGGCUGCUUUUUGGCCUGAGAAUCGCUGUGUCACCAUCACAGGACGACACCAGGGACUGUUUAGCAUUCGAAAACUGAGGCACAGGCUUUUCCAUACUGCUGCGCUGGUUUGCAAAUGAGGAACCAAGGGAAAUGGUAUAGCAACAGGCAAAUUACAGUAUAUGCAAAUACACAUCUCAACAUGACACAGCAUUUAUUUAGGGAUGUAAAUAUGUUGCAACUAAGAUGUCUGAAUUUAUUUUUGCCUAUGCAGUGCCUCACAGGAUUCUUUGUACCAGUGUCGUGUUACAUGUCUUGGUCGUAGUACAUUUGACUGUAAUGAUCUGAUAAGGCAUCCCCAGCUUCUUGCUGCUAAGCAACGUGGGGAUUUCCUAAUAUGGUAUACGGUCUGUUCGAAGGCAUGCUGGAGAAACUUGAACUCGAUGAUGAUGCUGCUGAACCAGAAAGUGAUAUUUACAUGCGCUUUAUGAAAUCCCAUAAGUGCUACGACAUUGUUCCCACAAGUUCCAAGCUGGUCGUCUUUGAUACAGCUCUCCAAGUUAAAAAGGCAUUCUUUGCUCUAGUCGCAAAUGGGGUACGAGCCGCUCCUCUAUGGGACACAGAGAAGCAAAGUUUUGUGGGAAUGCUGACAAUCACAGACUUCAUCAUUAUACUACACCGGUACUAUAAGUCCCCAUUGGUGCAAAUAUAUGAAUUAGAGGAACAUAAGCUCGAGACGUGGAGAGAGGUUUACCUUCAAGCAACAUUCAAACCAUUGGUCAACAUAUCUCCUGAUGCAAGCCUUUUUGAGGCAGUGUACACACUCAUCAAAAACAAAAUCCACCGUCUGCCUGUCAUCGACCCAGUCACUGGGAAUGCACUUUAUAUUCUCACGCACAAACGGAUCCUCAAGUUCCUUCAGCUUUUUAUGCGCGAAAUGCCAAAGCCAGCCUUUAUGAAGCAGUCUCUGGGAGAAUUGGGCAUCGGCACAUAUCGUGAGAUUGCUUUCAUCCACCCAGACACUCCCAUCAUCAAAGCACUUAACAUCUUUGUGGAGAGGAGGGUGUCUGCACUGCCUGUGGUCGAUGAUGCGGGAAAGGUCGUGGACAUUUACUCCAAGUUUGAUGUCAUUAAUCUGGCUGCUGAGAAAACCUACAACAACCUUGACAUCACAGUUACCCAGGCUUUAAAACACCGCUCCCAGUACUUUGAAGGAGUCGUCAAGUGCCAUAGGAUGGAGACAUUGGACACCAUUGUGGACAGAAUAGUCAAAGCUGAAGUGCAUCGGCUGGUGGUGGUGGAUGAACACUCCAACAUCGAGGGCAUCAUCUCCCUGUCGGACAUCCUCCAGGCCCUGGUGCUCAGCCCGGCAGAUGUACGUAAGGAGGAGACUGUAACGGAAUGAGCUGCACCAACUGACAUGGUGGGAGAACUGAUGAUCGAAGGUUGUUUUUGGGAGCUAGAGGCUGAGCAGAAACUGGACAGCCCGAAGGUGCCUGCAACACUGAAAUGCACUAUAGAGGCUGGGAAACCAAAGAGUUAGUUAAGAAGAGGUGUUCCUGCACUGGAGAUAGUCCUGUUUGGACACUGAUACACAUGCAGACAGUAUACUGUAUAUACUGUACAUAGGCCACACUGGAUCACACAAGGGCUCAGCGUGCUAUGAGGGGGCUCGUUUGGCAAGGUCCACUUUUAUACCAAAAUAAUACUGUGUUGUACAGAUGAGGUUUAGUUGCUCUUGGAAAAUGAUAUAUUAGAUAAGAAAAAUGCUGUAAGAGAAGAAUGAUAGACUAUAGAAUAUAGAAUCCAUUUCCUCAAGCCAUGCUGGCUUAGCCAUCUUUUAUAUUUUUGAAAUGUUCAUUGUAACUUGGUACUGUCUAACCCUUUUCAUUUUUUUAAACUUUUUGGCUUAGUGUGUCUAGAACAGAACAUCAGUAGCAUCUAUAAAAGUCUGGUGACCCCUUGUGGCUGGGCUGUCUUUGGUUUAUAUAAUUUCUAAUGUACACCUCUAGUGCUGCUAUCUUUAUCUUGUACAGACAUUGAAAAUGCCAGCUCAUGAGGCUCGGGUUGAUUUGGGCUGUACCAAACUGAACCCUACAGUCUAUGACUGUACUUGGAAUGAACUAGACCAUAGAUAUGCAUACACCCCCCCGGGGAAGGCGGGGCGAGUUAAGACGGGUAUAAUUAAUGAGGGCUAUGGAGAGAAUUAUGUUGUUGGUUUUUCCUCUGCUGCUGAUUUUUGUUCAUAUGUUGCCAGUUGGAUAUCAAUGAAACAGAUGGAAAUUACGCUUUACCUGGCAAAUAGCUGUCUAUGGCAGGGCCUCUCAAACUUAUAGGGCCAGGGACUUGGAAUUAGAGGUACUACAAACUCAACGUGAACAAUUCGAUGUGUUUAAAUAUGCAACAAAGCAAAUCGAACUGCGGCCUAAUUUCUUGGAGUGUUCAUUCCUAUUGGCAUCACUGUCUCCAUCCAUGUAUUUUGAAGUCCCUGUGCCUAUUUGAUGAAUGUGGCCCUAUGGAGCAGUUUUUAUUUGUGCCUUGGUUUAAGCUGCCCCCAUUUCACACCAACAGUAUUGAUAUUUAUCUUUUGUCAAAUUGGUGCAAUGAUUUUAGUUUUAUUUUGGAACAAAUGAAUGUGUAUAAUGCAGAUAUUAGAUGGGGAAUGUUACCUUUAUUUAUAUGCAAAUUAAUAUUCUCAGCUGGUACCAUCUUUGACUAAUAAAAAAUGGACACUAUCGGUAAAGCUUUAUAUAAAUGAGGUAUUUUUCACUGUUUGAGACCAUUGUCCCUGAUCUUGUAACAGAAAUGGAAAUGUGUGUCUUAUCACAGAGCUCAUCUCUUCCUUGGACUGUAAAUAGGAUUGUUUUGGGUUAAAAUGUUGCAGAAAGCUUUAUUUUUAUGAAUGUUUAAAGAUUACAGCUUUAAUGUUAUCCUUUUGUAAAUACACUGUACAAAGUAAUUCAAAGAAACUUUCAACCAAUGUACUGUAAAGCAAGCAUGAAAAAUGACACUUAAGCCGUAUGAAUGUUUUGUUUGACUUAUGAUUUUUCUGGCAGCGGAAAAAUAAACAGACACUGAAUGUA